ACCAACAUUCAUAUUUUUGGUGUUGGCUUCCAUCUCUCCACUUUCAUAAUCACAAAUUAACACAAACAUGAGAGCUUGUGCCACUACUGGGGUGGUGGCUGCUUGGAAUAGAACUCUGAAAAAAACAUCACAUUCUUUUUCUGCUGCAUCUUCUUCUUGUGCUCUCCUUGGUCCCAACCGUCCUGAUGUUUGGGUACUCAGAGAGAACACUUUCCCUUAUAACCAUUUCCAAGAAAGUCUCCAAUGUGCUAAUGGCCAUAAUGCUGCAAUCCUUGAGGGAAAAUCAAUUGCCAAACAGAUAAAAUUUAAAGUAGCUGAUGAGAUAAGCAGGAUAAAGAGUUGCAUGGGGAAGUUUCCUAGAUUGGGUGUGGUUUUGGUUGGGGAUAGGAGGGACUCUCACACUUUCAUCCACAUUAAGUUGAAAGCCUGUGAUCAAGUUGGCAUUGAAACAGUGGUUGCUCAGUUGCCCGAAAAGUGUACUGAAAAUGAACUGCUUGGUGCUGUUUCCAGAUUCAAUGAUGACCCUGAUUUACAUGGCAUUAUUGUGCAACUUCCUCUGCCUCAACAUUUGGACGAGGAAAAAGUUAUCAAUGUCGUAAGUCCUGAAAAGGAUGUAGAUGGCUUUCAUCCCUUAAAUAUGGGAAACCUAGCCAUAAGAGGAAGGAAACCCUUCUUUAUCCCUUGUGCUCCCAAGGGCUGCAUUGAGUUGUUACUUAGGCAUGGUGUGGAAAUCACGGGGAAAAGAGCAGUAAUAAUUGGAAGAAGUAAAAUCGCGGGGUUACCCACUUCCUUGCUCUUGCAGAGGCACCACGCAACAGUCAGCAUGUUACAUGCAUACACAAAAAACCCUGAACAAAUAACUUCUGAAGCGGACAUUGUGGUAGCAGAUGUUGGAUUCCCCAACAUGGUUCGUGGCAAUUGGCUAAAGCAAGGAGCUGUGGUGAUUGACAUGGGAGCAAAUCAAGUUAAGGAUCCCAGCAGUCAAGGCUUUUGUGUCACAGGAGAUGUUUGUUUUGAAGAGGCAGUUAAGGUGGCAUCAGCCAUUACCCCGGUUCCGGGAGGUAUCGGACCAAUUACAAUAUCAAUGCUCCUCUCCAAUACCCUUGAUUCUGCUAAACAUGCAUUUGGAAUGGUUUGAAUAAAUUGAUUAUUUCUCCAAUUACUUGAGUAAAUGGCCAAGGAUGAAUUGGGUCAUGCCACGUGUAAAGUUGGAAUUCUGGCGAGGUCUAUGUGGUUAACUUAGUCCAAGUAUGCUAAAUUGAUAAUUAGUUUCCAUAAUUUGUUAGAUUGGUAUUUUUUUUUUAAAAAACAUAGGGAUACUUAUAGCA